AUGGUGAAGCAGCCGUGGCACAAAUGCCCCUUCUCCGGAGAAACAGAACAUUUGUGGAGGAUCUCGCUUAUUCCUACUCCACCUGACGAUGCAGACGAGGCCAUUGAGAAAAAAGUUGCCCUUACCGAAUGGGUAUGGGGGCUAAGGCGCGGCGGACUCCAUUACUAUCUUGCCUCGAGUCACAACACGCUGUUCUUCCGCAAGGAUAUAGCGGACCUCUACGCAUCAUUUCAGUUUCUAUUAGUGCCCACCUUCAACUUGAUCAAGAAGAUUGACGACUUUGCGAAGAGUACUGGUGUCUUGAAUCGCGACGAGAAGGAUAAAUCCCGUCGUCGUCCCUUGACCGCGUUAAGACCUCCAAGCGGAGUGUAUCGAUACGUCUUCAUCCCGUUUACAGACGCCGCUCGCAAGCUGCAAACGGAGUUCGACCUGCAGCCGCAGACUGCAGAAGACUUGACGGGUUGGGUGCAUCCGCUCUUCGGUAACUCGGCCUUGCACGGAACCGCCGCCUUUCCCGUCGUCGAAUGCCACGCGCAUCCCUAUUCCAUCUGCUCUCUCGCCGAAUCCGCGUUCAAGUACCGCAAAUUCGGCACGACGAUCACGGCUCAGUAUUCCAUCGCAGCGUUGGACGUCCUGGAUCUCUGGAACGUUGAUGAAUCACAAGCGCGAGUUCCUCAGUGGUUCAUCGACUUGCCGGAGAUGUAUGAGGACGAUAUCACGGUGAUGAGCUCGGAGGCGAAAGGAUAUACCAUAACUUCGCAAGCCGAUGGCCAAGGGAACCGCAUCGAAACGAUUCACGAGGAUGACGAUCUCCUACAAGCGCGUGUGACCGAGUGGGCGGGGGCAGUCGAUCCCAAUUCGGUACUCGAGGAGCAGCCACCGAUCCUACGUUCGCCUCUCCAGCUUCGUCGCUCGCCGCGAAUUCAGCAAAUGUCACAAACGUGCGGAAAAUCGUCGCUUCUCCGGUCAAACUCCCCUGUACGCGAAGCGCCAUGGCCUCUGCCAGAAAAUGCCGACUUGUACCGGCACCCGCCUGCGUGGACGAAGCGCACUGGUCGGUUUCCGACACGCGAGUUCUCGAGUAACGACUGGGCGUAUUUUUGCUACAACGUGGUUCUCGCGACGUCUAGGGGAAGGUAGUCAUCUGGGCACACCCAUCUCACGCGGCAACUGCUUGACGCUCAGACGCCAGUCGAGUUGCACGGUUGAGCCACCUCCCGCUGGCGGAAAGACAAACCAGUGCGCCAAGCCUCAGUCAGACGCGAGUUUCGACCCGCCUUGGUAGC